GUGAUCACAGUCAGUGAUUAUCUGUGGAUGUAACAUGUAGUUUUUGUCGAUUAAAACAAUAUUUUAUUUCUUCUUUUUCGUGCAAAUGUUGAUAAACUGCAGUUUGUUUUACCCCAAAUGAGAGACUUUUUGGAUUUCUGUCAGGCGCAGAGGACAGCAAUGAAUGAUGAGAGUCGGAGGUGAAUUUCAGGGGGCUUUUGGCAGAUUGCAGCGGAUCUCUCUCAACAACCGGCUGAUCACAGUGGAGAGGGGAGUCUGAGGUCGGCGUCCUGGAAUGGAUUCAUACGGAUCUUCACUCAACCGCAGCCAAUCGCUGACGAGCGGCCUGGAAAAGUCCUCACCAACGUGGAAGCCGUCCCACUCCCGGAGCAGCAGCACUCUGUCAUCCCGCCACUCCAGACAGAUUAUCAAAGACUGGGAAGUGAUCGACGACCCUCAGUUAGAAAUGCACGUGGGAGGUGAGAGCGCUCAGGAAAUAACCACGCCGGGAAUCUGUGAAGGAUAUCUGCUGAAGAGGAGGAAGUGGCCACUGAAAGGCUGGCACAAGCGAUACUUUGUGUUGGAAGCUGGGAACUUGCGUUACUCCAAACAUCAACAUGAUGUUUCCAUAGGAAGAGUCCAGGGCUCUCUCGAUCUGAGUCUCGCCGUCAUGUCCAUAAACAAGAAGUCAAAUCGGAUCGACUUGGAUGCAGGAGACAUUCUUUAUCACAUGAAGGCAAAGAGCCAUGAACUCUUCUACAUUUGGGUGACCAAACUACAAGCUCACCGCCUCUACAAGAAGAACGAGGCGGCUCAUCUUCAGAGCGGCUUCCUUCAGACUUUGUCCACCGCGGCCGGACAAGCUCAGAGAAACGGAGAUUUGAGCUCUGCAGUCACGGUGGAUUCAGCCGCAGCUCCAGCAGUCGUGCUGCCUUCAGAUAACACCGGUGUGAACAGCAAAGUGUCGGCAUGGCUGCAGCAGAGCCACGACCCGGACACCUGCGUUCAGGAGUUGAACCGUUGCCAGGGCGACCUUUCUGAGCUAAACCGCUUAAUCCAGAGGCUGCAGCUGUUGGAGGCCGGCCAGGCUUUCACUAACGGAGACCUGAAGCGCAUCAUCAGCAUACAGAAUCUGUCUCUUGAGAAGCCGAAGAAGUCGAGGUCGGGGAAGAUGUGGGGCCAUUCGCGCACUUUAUCCAGAGUGGAGGCCCUGGGAAUGCUGUCCUCCAGUCACCUGAGCAGCUCGCCUCACCUCGGUACAUCCGUCCCCUCUAUCCCUGAAUACGUCUACUCCCAGCUGUCCCCUCCUACCAUCUCGUCGCCUGAGGGCAAGAAAAUCCAGCAGGACAUCUGCACCAUGUCGCUGCGAGUGCUUGCCUCCCUGAAGACAGUACAUGAAACUCUGUCCCAGGAGAGGCAGAAAAUGCAGGAAGUCUGGGAAACUAACAACAUCCACCAGCCGAACGCAUUAGCUGAGCCCUCAGCAGUGAGGAAUUCGUCCCACGGGCCUCCCUCAGUAGCAGACUCGGCUGCGGAGUAUUUUGACGCCAGCGACGACAUCCUUUGUGGAAGUUCCUCUGAGGUGUCGGAUGAAUCGGGACUCAGUGAUGGAAGCACCACCAACUCGGAGCCAGAGGAAGGACAUGCGUCGGCCACUCGUAAAUACCGCGCCAGCAUUUCCAAAUCUCCAAACAGUGUUGUUCCCAAGAGCACCGGCCGGCGAACCACACUGCCCGCUCACUGUCCCGACAACAGCCACGUGGGCCUCAUGGCCAUCCUCUACAAUAACAUCGGUAAAGAUCUGGCUCGAGUGUCGAUGCCCGCUCCUCUCAAUGAGCCCGUUAACCUGCUGCAGCGGCUGUGUGAGGAGCUGGAGUACAGCGAGCUGCUGGAUACUGCCAGCAACACAGCGGACCCCUACCAGAGGAUGGUUUAUAUUGCUGCCUUCGCUAUCUCUGGUUACUCCACCGCAACGUUCAGAAACCGCUACAAGCCCUUUAACCCGGUGCUGGGGGAGACCUACGAGUGCAUCAGAGAAGACCGGAGCUUCCGCUUUGUCAGUGAGCAGGUCUGCCAUCAUCCCCCGAUCUCGGCCUGCCACGCAGACUCCGAUAACUUCUCCUUCUGGCAAGACCAGCGAUGGAAAAAUAAAUUCUGGGGGAAAUCUCUGGAGAUUCUGCCAACAGGAAUGGUGAAUGUCACUCUUCCAAGGUAUGGAGACCACUAUGAGUGGAACAAAGUGGUGACCUGCAUCCACAACGUCCUCAGUCAGCAGCGCUACCUGGAGCAUUACGGAGAGGUCACCAUCCGCAACCUCAAAAGCAACGUCUGCACCUGCAAGAUCACCUUCGUCAAGUCUCGUUAUUGGGGUUCAGACACGAACAAGAACGAGGUGCAGGGCACCGUGCUGGACCAAAGUGGGAGCGUCAUUCAUCGGUUCGGAGGUCUGUGGCAUGAAGGCAUCUUCUGCGACACUCUGCCGACUCCGAAAUGUGUCUGGAAGCCAAAUCCGCAGCCAAAGGAUUACCUGCUGUACUAUGGCUUCUCCAGCUUCGCCAUGGAGCUGAAUGAACUUACCUCAGACCUGAAGCCGCUCCUGCCUCCCACAGACUCCCGCCUGCGACCAGACCAACGGAUGCUGGAGGACGGAAAGGUGGAUGAAGCAGAUAAAAAGAAAGAUGAACUCGAGGACUUUCAGAGGGAGCGGAGAAAAGAGCUCGCUAAAAGGGGGGAAGACCAUGUUCCACGUUUUUUCAAGAGAGCCAAAGACGCCUGUGGACGGGACGUGUGGUUGACAAACGGGACGUACUGGAAGCUCAGAGAGAAUCCAGGUUUUGCAAAUAUUGAAAACACAGUAAUGUGGUGAUGAGACGACUGCGGC